UCAGUAUUCGGUUGACGUUGAACGGGUCGUGAGUACGAAUACCUACCUGGUUGUUGGUCUAGGUUUGAUUUGUACGCUUGCUGGCAACGGUUUCGUUUUUAGUUAUUCGUAUGUGCAUAAAUGUCAUUGACAAUGUCGCGAUUGUCAAGCUCCACAUAUAGUUCACUAUGUCUUUUACUGUUCCUCCACUUCGUAUGGUUGCUGUUGCUGACGACGACACCUGGAGCAGAGGCAAAGCCAGCAGACUACAAUUAUGAGGCAACUUCAUCCCCAUCUCCAUCCAUAGUCAGUAAAAAAGAGUCGACACAUAUUGUCAGCUUCGUGAAUCUAAAGAAAGCACAAAGACCAAGAGAAGAAUUCGAUUUUAAACGUAACGAGGCGGAGGCCAACAACUCGAUGCAAGUGCAACAAUUAUUUGGCAGCUUGUUGCUGUUGCAAGGUCCAAGCAACAAUAGUCUCGACACAGACGAUGCGCCGGCAACCAAACGGAAUACGCUCGAUGAUGAGCUUAGCCUUGAUGAUCCGGUGAGUGAACAACACGAAAGCUCAACGGAAACACCAGAUGCAUGGAAUCGCAUUAAGCUUGCAAUUCCCGUGCUGGAGCCGGUCAAGCACUUGCUGAAUGCUGUUGGAGGAGGCGGUGUCAAUGACACACAUGUGCGCACCAACACGCAUCGACUGAUUGGCCAUCAUGGAGUUCAUCAUACAACCCAUCACAGUGGUAACGAAUCAUCUGCCAUUGAGACGGAAGAGGAUCGCGAAACAGCCAUUGAGAGCAAUGGUUUCAAUACCCUCGAAUCCUUGGGCAUGCUCGGCACUAUGCUCUGGGGCAUAUUGCAGAAUCUGCGCAGCGUGUUUGCAGCGAGUGCUGGAAAUGCUAGCUCCGCUUUCUCAGGCGGUGGCGGAGGUAAUCAUGGAAGUGCGGGAGACAAUUGAGUGCAUCUCUCAUUCGAAUAGGAUUUGGUCUUGUGUUCUGUGAUUAAUACUAGCGCUUAUAAUACUACUUGUUAUACUAAUAAAAAAAAUACGACAAUUGUUAAAAUUACAAAAAUCUAUUUAGGAUAAUAA